AAAUCUACACCCUGCCCUGUAGCUUCUCCUCCCUUCCUUCUACAUCUCUAUAAAUGGGGAAUCCUUCACCUGGGUGGUUGAUAUCUCCAGUGCUCAGCAGAUAUGGCACCAGUGACCAGCGCUCUCAUUCUUCUCAUUCUGUUCUCUGCAGGAACCUUAGCAGACAACCAUGACAAACCACCAUCAGAGAAACCUGGAAAAUGUCCACCAGGUCCAUUGGCAAAAUGUGUAGUUCCACUUCCUAUUGGAAAUUGCAAAUCGGACAGGGACUGUGGUGGAAACCAGAAGUGCUGCAGGGAUAUGUGCACUCCGACAUGCAUGAAGCCCUUCACAGAGAAACCUGGAAAAUGUCCACCACCAAAUCCAUUGGUAAAAUGUACUUUUCCACCUCCUUACAAAGCGUGCUACUCGGACAGUGACUGCGGUGGAAACCAGAAGUGCUGCAAUAAUCCGUGCAAUCCGACAUGCACAAAGCCCUUCACAGGUAUGAAGCCUGGAACUUGCCCAGUACCACGGACCAUGUGCCUGCGCCGACCAGAACCUGUAGAAUGUAAAGUGGACGGUGAUUGUGAUGGAAUCAAGAAAUGCUGCGUAAAAGAAUGUGAACUGCGGUGUAUAAAUCCCAAAGAUAAGAAAAUUGCAGAUAAAUCUUGGAAGUGUCCAGUAGUUUAUACAUUUGCCCGUUGCGACUCUUACAAAAGAGAUUGUUUUCAUGACUACGAGUGUUCCGGGAAUGAGAAAUGCUGUGAUGGCGGCUGCAUAUUUCAGUGCACACCACGUCCAUGAAGCAAGAUGCUGACCGUCACUCAUGGUCCUUGACGAGGAUCUGCAGCCGGCUCAUCGUAUACAGCUUUGCUUAUUCUGCAUGUAAUAAAAGAAUCAUCACUCCCA